UUAGAUUUAACCAGUGUCAUCUUUCCUGAUCAUCUUUUCUCGCCCCUCUUUCUUCCUCUCUCCCUCCAUCUUUCUUUGCUCCUUUCCUUCUCUCACCUAAACUUAACCUUUCUCACUCUACUGGUUACCUGGGAUUUUUACUCAAUCAUUCAGUUGUGUCUCAGCAUGAAAGUUGCAAUUUUGCUUCUAAAAACCAAAUCAUUUUGAAAUAAAACCUGUGAACUGAUUCUAGAAGAGACUUGAAAAUCUUGUCAUUAUUUUAUCUUCAUUUUACUUUUCAAAAUUUUGCCUUUUUACAUGUUUCAAUCUUCAUCUGGUUCAAGUUCAACUCUUAACCAUCUUCUCAAUUACAUGUUCAAAGGAUUUUGAAAUAUUUGCUAUUUUUAUUUUUUACAUAAUAUAUUUUAUACCCGUUAAACUGUAUCCAAGAUCAUCAUUGACUUUACUCUCAUCCUUGUCAUGAUGAUUCCAAUCAACUAAAUUCAACUUAACCUUUCUUUCCAUAUUUAGUUUAACCCCUUGAGUAUUCCCUAAUUAUUUUCACACCCUUUCUAUUGAAACACUCAAAUCAACUGAUCUAUCAACUUUAUGUAACUUUUGGGAUACAAUCUUUGAUUUACAUGUGAACUGAUUUGUUUUCCUGAUAUUGAUACGGAUUUUUAAACUUUACAAAGACUCGAAAGAAAAUACAAAUUAACUUUUGUAACACUCAACAUUGCAAUCAAUUGUUUGUUAACACUUUCAUCAUGAUUGUUAAAUCAAUUAUAAUUGUGUUGAUAAACACUUUACUAUGCUUUACAAGACUGUCUCUGGCAGUUCGUCGAUCAGCUAGCAAUGUUGCCUGUAGUCGGACCAAUUUGAUGACUACAAUCACCUUUCAACAACCUUUUCAUGGAAUCGUUUAUGCCAAAGGAUUUAGUCAGGAAUGCCAAAUCGACGGCAAUGGAACAAAAGUAAUUCAAUUUUCAAGUCCAGUUCACAAAUGUGGCAUCAAGAUUAGUGAGGACAAAGGUUUGUAUCAAUUUGAAUUGCACCUUUACGUCCAGUACGACAAGAACAUCCAACAAUCCCAAGAUGACCGGAUUUUAGUUCGAUGUGCACCUCAAGAGAUACUUUUGUCCGGUGGAAUGGGAAGACGCUCUGAUGAAGCUGCUUCCAAAUCGCCAAACUUAAAGUCACUCCAUGGAGACAGCAGGAUUCAAGUUAAACCCAUGGAUAAUCAUCAUUUUGCUGAAUCAACUGUUGCUUCAAUUGAAUGUUACAUGGACAUUUUCAGAGGUCGAAUACCUCAUUUAAAAACAAUAGACAGUCAUGUUAAUAUUGGUGAAGACAUCACAGUUUUGGUUAAAAUCAAGAAAAUGCUUGGAAUAGACACAAGACUAUCUAGAUGUUUUGCUCACGACCGAACCAUGACUACUAAAUUUGAUUUAACCGAUGAAGAUGGAUGCACACUGGAUGCCGUUAUAAUGCCCAAUUUCAAGGAGUUUGUCCAUGAAACAGGAAACUCAAAAGUCUUGUUCACGACUUUUCCAGCUUUCAAAUUUCCAGAUCGCUCCAACCUUCAUAUUCAAUGUACUGUUGUCGUUUGCAAUACAACUUGUCCUAAGUUUGAAUGUCAGGAAAAACCGGCGGAAUCAACUACAGUAACUCCAAUAAAACAUGUUGUCAAAAGAUCUGCUAAAGUUAUCAGCAAGAAAUACACUAAUUUACCAAACAUCGUUCGACGUAAACCUCACAACGGUAAUUGGACAUUAACUGAGAGACGAGAAAAAAAUAUAACUCGAGAUAAAUUGCUUUCUCAAAUUGGUAUUUCAACUGCCGUGGAUGUCACUGAAAAUGGACAAGAUUUUUAUAAAGAAUCUGGAAUCUUUGAUGAAUUUUUUGGUGAUGAAGCUGUCUCCUGUUUCGCUUCACCCUCCAUAAUGAUUAGCUUAAUAUUAUUAACAAGUUCUUUCCUUGCUGGCCUUUGUUUUGCCAUUUUCAUGGGCCUUAAAGUUCAAGCAUUGAAAAAACAAAUCUAUAUUUAUGAAAAUUUCCCUUCAACUGCCAGUCAACACUCAAUAAGAGCCUGUUUCCAUCCAUAUUAUCGCAAUGAUAUUCACAAUUUUUCCUACGGACGAAUGGUUGAUCUCACAAUGACCAAAUAGAUGCCUUUAAACCCACCUCUACCAUAACAAUCUAUUUAUUUAAAGUGAUCAUCAUUAAUUUAACUAAUUCUCAUCAAAACCAGUCAAAUAUCCUUUUGCUAAAUGUACAUCAAUCUAUUUAUCUUAUUUAUUCAAUAUGUUUAACCAAUGGUUUUACAUAAAAAUGUUGCUAAAAUUAAGCAUAAA